UCAGUGGAGAACACCGUCCCUGAUGUCAUCAUCACUUUGGACGAUGUCCCAGGUGACAUUGUUCCAGUUUACAUCUCUUCCUCUGAAGAUGAUGUUGAUGAAAAUGAUGUUGAUGAUGCUGUUCUUGUUUUGGCAGGUGGAGAUAAAGGCAUGGAGGCUGAGGUGGCCUUUGAACAACAGGUGGACAUUGCGGGUGACGACAGUGACGACAGUGACAGUGACACUGAGCUCAAAUCAAAAUUCACUCCACUCACAACUUGUAUGGAUGUGGCCCACCAGCCAUCCCUAUACCUGUUCUCCCUCCAAGCAACCCUCCAGGACACACCACCCUGGGAGCCUCACAGCCCAAGGGCCUCGUCCCAACCGCCAUCCACCACAGCACCCAACCAGGACUCAACCUGGACCGAAGUGAUCACCCGAGGUAGGAAAACCACCAACACCAUCUCCUGGAACCCGGCUGGGCCUACCUCAAGCUCCACGCCGAGCAAUCCACUGCCCCACUCCGAGGUCCUCGCCGGCGGCAGGACAAAUCCCUCCAGCGAUGCCUCUACAGUCCGGUUGUCCCUCUCUCUUCUAGGCCCUUGAGCAUCCUCCUAUGCCUGCCAACACCAGCCCGAACCAGUCCCCUCUCAGCGGUGACGUGGUGGCGUCCUCCACAGCAGCUGCCGGAGCUCCCAUGGCUCCUACACGGCCACCCAGCGGAGCCCCCAGGCCUUCAUCCUAGUCCUUUCGGUGCCUUCGCGGCAUGCCGGCCUGAGGAUCCUGCGGCCUCCGCUCUUCUGGCGACCAGCCCCCGGGCGUCAUGCUGGCAUGAAGAACACCUCCCUGCCGGCGUGCGGAGAGAUUCCUGUGUGGCCUGCCCCUCUCUGUCGGUGCCUGGUCGCGCGCAGUGUCCCGGGACCCACCUUGACCACCGCUCGGAGAGACUGACUGUGUCCCCGCAAGAGGUUUCUCCGAGAUGCAGUCCAACGGAACUCUGCCGGGCCCGCCACCCCCCUGCCGCCCCAGACCGAAAUGGCAGACCAUCCCUGCUACCGCUGGUGUCCACCGCACCACCGAGACCUGGCAGCCCAGCCACCUGUCCUGCUUCGGGUACAGGAGCCAUGCAAUCCCCGCCACUGUUUCCCCCGACCACCUUGAUUGUCGGUGACAGCAUCGCACGAGGUAUCCGUUUUUUCAAUGCCAUCACUCGCUCUUUCCCUGGUGCAACUGUCGCCGACAUCACGGCAAAACUCCCCGGUCUUCUCCAGUCACUUCCUCCCUCUAUUCACCGUAUCAUUGUUCACGUCAGCACCAACGAGACGGCUCACCAACAGUCUGAACUGACCAAAAGUGACUUCAGAACACUUCUCCACAUCCUGCAGUGCAGCGGCAAAUCUGUUUUUAUAAGUGGUCCGCUACCAAUGCUGAUACGAAGCACUGAUCGAUUUAGCUGCCUCCUCAGCCUGAGCUCCUGGCUUCGAUCACUCUGCAGUACCUUCUCCACCCACUCAAUCCACAUCUGUUCUGGAACCUAUUGCCAUUUUUCUCCCAUGAUGGACUUCACCUAA